UGAAUCUGAAUUGGUUCUCUUAUUGUAGUAGACAGGAAGAUUUUAUUUUAUUUAAGUCAAAGUGAAUUUAAAAAAAUGCAUCAAUCAGGUUUAUUGUUGUCUAUUGUUGUGUUUGUGGCCGUAUAUUCUACAGUUUAUUGUGCUCCAUAUCCUGGGGAUGAUGAAGAUUUAGCAAAUCGACCAUUUCACCUAUUACAAAAACGUCCUACUGCCGUGACGAGAACAUCAACGCCUAAGCCUAAAAGAAAACCGACAGGUGGUAAAAAUAAGGUGACCUCUCCACGACCUACUAAUUUGGGCUUAAAUAACAGAGUCAGUAGCAGUUCAAACACACGAUUUUCUUCUAGCUCAAGCUUAAAUCGCGGUUCAAGCAAUUUUGAUUUGAGUACUUAUAAAAAUGUUUGUAAAAGUUGUCCAUCUUCAGCAAAUGCAUGCGAAAUUGUUGGUAAAUCCAAAGGAAAACAAUUAUACACAACCACAAAAUGUAUGAAUGGUAGUCGAGUUAUAUCGGAGAAAACGAAAACGUCACCAAAUCCAUCUGGUGCAAUGGUUAAAACUAGACAAUUUGCAUCACAUUCUUCAUCAAGUUCUGGUUAAUAUUCCAGGUGUAAUUAUGCGGGAAAUUAUCUAAGCUUUAAAACAAACAUUUCUAAAAUUGCAUCAAAAU